UCCCAAUAAUAUUCACAUGCCACAACCACAAGUCCCCCUCCGAUGACGGAAUGCUUGGAGAAUGGUGGAACAACGAUUUGAUCAUGGACGGAACACCCAAGACAGAGCUGAUGCCAGAGGUCAAUCGUAAAAGUGACGAUAAAGUUCUUGAAAAGAACACUUACAGUGCCUUCAUAGGAACUGGAUUGGAGGAGUACUUGGUGGAGAGAGGGAUAAAGGAGGUUAUAAUUACAGGGGUUAUGACGAAUUUGUGCUGUGAAACGACGGUGAGGGAGGCGUUUGUGAGAGGGUUUAGGGUUUUCUUUUCGAUGGAUGCGAUGGCGACUUCGGCAAGGGAGUUGCAUGUGGCUAUGCUUAAGAAUAUGGCUUAUGGGUUUGCUUAUUUGGUUGAUUGUAAGAGGCUUAAGGAGGGUUUCUCUAAAAAGUGAUGAGUGAUUGAGGUAAAAAAGGUCUUGGCGUGGCUCUUUGGGGCGUUUUGAGGGCUUGGGCCAAGAGAGUUGCAGAGAGAGAGAGAGAGAGAGAGAGAGAGAGAUUUGAGCAUAUCUGUGAACUGUAAUCUGUGCUGAAUUUAAGGUGAAAGAGGUG